GGUUUUACGAAAGGAAAAAAAGAAUGCCCCCGUGUUUUUCUCUCUUCAUCGACUCCCUCUCUUUCUCUCCGAUGGCGACGUUACGAAGCACUAUUUCAAUCUCCGAUCAACGCAAAACGCAGACUUCCAAUUUUGCCGGCGAAGAUGCAGCAGAGGAAGCCGACGGCGAGUAGACCCAGUGGUACCCCAUGGUCGUUGACUCUCGUGAGUUUCCAAAAUCCUAGCUCUCCUCUGUCUCCAGAUCCUCUUUUCUCUUGAUUUCUUCUUUGUUCAGCUCAAAAUGGAUGUUGGCCGUGCUGCUUCAAGAAGCGAUUUGUCGACAGUGCGGGACGCACUUGAAGUUUCUGCAGAAAUGUUCAAGAAAGAUGCCAAUAAUGUUUCAGACUAUGUUCAGCGUCAUCUCAUCUCCAUAUCCAUCUGGGAGGAGUUGAGAUUCUGGGAGGGUUACUUCGAGUAUCUCAUGGAGCAGCCUGCAAAUGAAUCAGUGAACUAUGCUACGUUGGUCACAGCCAGGCUAAUCAUAGUGGCAUCACAUAUGGCUGGCUUGGGACUUCCUGAUACAGAAGCUUGGAACAUGAUUGAGACAAUAGCAGAGAAACAAAAACUUGGAUACAAAUUACUGGUAAUUAGGCUUUCUGUUUAUUAAUUCCGUCGCAAGAAAUUGUUAAACCAAGGAUUUUUUUUUUGCAAAUUUAUUUUCAAAUGUAUGAA